AUGCCGACGCUUACGGUAUCGCUGCAGGAGGAGAAGAACCCUCCUGUAAGCCUACCAGCAUCCGUACCACCCACUGGGCUCAGUUCUGUGAAGACUAAGGGCAAACGAGUAUCAAAAAGCAGCACUAACGUCUCCAACCAAGACGAGCAGAAGCCCCAACCAAAGAAACGCGGACGUCGUCGACUCCUGGAGGAUGAGGAGCAGCGCAAGGCGAGACGCAAAGCCCAAUGCAAACUCAACCAGCGUCGAUAUCGCGCGCGACAGCGUGGACUCAUCAAGGAGCCGUCAGUAUGCGGAUCUCGCGAGACACACUGA